UCAUCUUUCCCCCAGGAGGCUCUGCUUUUUUCCCAGCCCCUUUGUUCAGUCUCGCCGGUGGGUUGAGUCACAGGGAGGCUGUGCUAACCCACAAACCCACAGGACUGAGAGCUUACAAGGGGCCGGAAAAACACAGCUAAGGAUCCCAGACUGGGCUGGUAGCCUUAGACGGAUGUGAGGCGGUAGAAAAGUUGUCUUUUCCUGCUGCUGAUGCUGCCUUCGAAUCCGGGAAGCGUCGGGACCUGCGUGGCAGUAUCCAAGCCCCUCAAACUACGAUGAUUUUAGCGUCUUUUUCAGCUCCCAUCCCGUUGGUGAACCGGCAGGCUAACUGCUAAGCCAUCACCGGUGUAUUGCUGACAGUGUGCAGUUGUUGCCAUCAUCCACGGGUCCACGCGCUGACUCUCCCUUUCAGUUUGUGCUCAGCAUCCAUAUUUGCAUCCCAGGGAGUGGCAGACACUCAUCUGCUCCAUCUGCCAAGGAAAUCCAAAGUUGGCCCCGCUGCUCGGACCACAGUCGGAUGCUUAAAUUUUCAUAUAGGAUGCUGAACAUGGAGAGCGGCAGCCCCCACUUCUACAUCUAGUGCCUCGUCCAUAAGCCUUCAUCCAGGGAGAAGCUCACAGGUCCUGGUCUCCCUGCUACUGUAGAAUGAAUAUGCUCAAAUCCAGUGGACUGAAAAUCCCUGGCCGUGGGCCCAAGCAUUCCAGCCCAGUGGGAAGGACCUCGGCGGGUGGAACGUCCAGCCCUGUCGUCCCAAAAGACAGCAUUCCACUUAAACCCACCACACCCACUAAAAUCUCUGAGGAAGGGGAUGAUGUCUUGGGGGACUACACGGUCGGUGAACAGGUCUGGGUCAAUGGUGUCAAACCGGGUGUUAUCGCCUACCUAGGGGAAACCCAGUUUGCUCCAGGACAGUGGGCGGGAGUGAUUCUGAAUGACCCAGUUGGCAAAAAUGAUGGUUCUGUGGGCGGCGUGCGCUACUUUGAGUGCCAGCCUCUUCAGGGCAUCUUCACGCGGCCCUCGAAGCUCAACCGACAGCCGGUCGGAGAGGGGAGCGACAGCCACUCCACCGACUCGCUCACGGCCCAGAACCUGAGUCAGCAGGGUGUCAGCGGCGCCGCCUCUGGCCAGCGGGUGGUAGUGCCGCUCAGAGAGGGCCUCCUGAACAGCGCAGUGAAAACAGGAAACGAGUCGGGGUCCAAUAUGUCCGACAGCGGCUCGGUUAAGAAAGGCGGGGAUAAGGAUCUAAGAGUUGGAGACCGUGUUUUGGUGGGAGGCUCUAAAAUGGGGGUCAUACGCUACAUGGGGGAGACUGACUUCGCUAAGGGUGAAUGGUGUGGAGUCGAGCUGGAUGAGCCCCUCGGGAAGAAUGAUGGUGCUGUGGCUGGUACAAGAUACUUUCAGUGUCUUCCCAAGUUUGGCCUGUUUGCUCCGAUUCACAAGGUGAUCCGCAUCGGCUUCCCCUCCACCAGUCCAGCCAAGGCCAAGAAAAGUAAGCGGGUGGCCAUGGGUGUCUCCUCUCUGGCCCACAGCCCCAGCAGCUCCUCCAUCAGCUCCGUCAGCUCGGUGGCGUCCUCUGUGGGAGGGCGACCGAGCAGAGCAGGACUGUUGACAGAGACAUCAUCACGCUAUGCCCGGAAAAUCUCCGGUACCACGGCGCUCCAGGAAGCCUUGAAGGAGAAACAGCAGCACAUCGAGCAGCUUCUGGCAGAGAGAGACCUGGAGCGAGCCGAGGUGGCCAAAGCCACGAGCCGCAUCUGCGAGGUGGAGAAGGAACUGAGCAUGCUCAAAGCACAGCACAUGCAGUACAUGACAGAGAAUGAAAGUACCCUGCAGCAAGUCAAAACCAUGUUGGCUGCCACUCAGAAAGAUAAACUGGAACUGGCCAAUCAGCUUGAAGAAGAGAAAAGGAAGGUGGAGGAUCUCCAGUUCAGAGUGGAGGAGGAGUCCAUCACCAAAGGAGACCUGGAGACUCAGACGAAAUUGGAACAUGCCCGUAUUCGUCAGCUUGAGCAGAGUCUGCUCCUCGAAAAGUCGAGAGCAGAGGCGCUUCAGAAAGAAUUAGAGAAGAGGAGGCAAACUACAGUUGAGGAGCAGAGUCGUAUCAUGCAGCUGGAGGAGGAGCUCAGCCUCAGGCGAGCGGAGAUCGAGAACCUCCAGGCUCAGCUGAGAGGCCCCGACUCGCACCAAGCCAACGACAGCGAAGCAGCACCCGCCGCCCAGACGGAAACCGUUCUCCUACGCGAGCAGCUGCUGACGGUGGGCCGUGAGCACUACAAGGAGAGCAGUGAGUUAAAGGAGAAAUAUGAGGCAGCGUUAGCGGCGAGUCAGCAGGAGAUGGAGUCCAUGAAGGUGGUGGUGGAGAAACAGAACCAGGAGAUCAGCGAGAUGAAACAGAAAGUCCAACAGGCCAACAAGGAAAACAUGGAAAUGAUGGACUCCUGGAAGGCCAAAUUUGACACUUUAGUAAACGAUCACCAGCGCUCUGUGGAGGAACUGAGAGCCACGCUGAGUGGUGAUCAUGCUUCUCCAGCAGGACAAGAGCAGGACGCCCAGGAGCUGAGAGCUUCUCUGGAGAGCCUGAAGAUGGAGCACCAGCUGGAGGUGGAGAACCUCAAGGCCAAACAUAAGAUUGAAGCCGCCAUUCUGUCCAAAGAACACGAGGACCUCUGCGCUCGCCUUCAGGAGGCCCGAAACCAGCUGGCCGAGGGAAACCAGACAUGGAGGACCGAAGUGGACACGAAAGCCGGGAAGCACGCCCUGGAGGAGGCCAACGAUAAGCUCCAGAAGGCAGAGCAGAGGCUGGCAGAGAUGGAGAAGCUUCAGAAGGAGCAGGACAAAAGCACAGAGGAGCUGAGAGAGAGGCUGGAGCUAUCAGAGAAGAAGAUGAUGGACUACCAGGCUCUGCAAAAGGCCCAAGAGGAGAGCCGAGACGAGAUCCAGAAACUGGAGGAAAAGCUGAGGGUCACAGCGAACCAGCUCCAGGCCAUCCAGGCGGACCGCUACACAUCCCACGAUGCAAAUGUGAUAGAGGAUAAUGAAAUAUCGGAUGAGAAGAUGAAGCUAAAACAGAAUAUUGAAGAAACUAUGGAGAAGUUGUUGAAAAGGGAAAAAGAGGUCUCCACUCUCACCUCCCAGGUUGAAGCCCUCAAAUCACAGAUCAGCGUGCUGGAAGGCAAAGUCCGCUCAGGAGAGAAGAAAACUGAAGCAGUGGUUAAGGAGAAGAUGCGUGUGGAGGCAGAGCUGGAGACUAUGACCAGGAAGUCCCAUGAUGCAUCUGGGCAGCUGGUCAGCAUCAGCCAGGAGCUGCUGAAGAAGGAGAGGAGUCUGAAUGAGUUGAGGGUGUUGCUCCUGGAAUCCCACCGCCACUCGAGGGACAUGGAGAAGGACCUGAGCCGAGAAGUGCACAAGGCUGAGUGGAAGGUCAAGGAGCAGAAACUGCAGGACGAUAUCAAGACCUUAAGAGAAAAACUGCUCCUACUGGGUCGAGAACGUUCUUCUCCAGACCACAGGCGGUAUUCCAUGCUGGAUCCUUCAGUCCUGGAUUCGGAGGUGAACCGACUGCGCCAGCGGCUCCUCAGCACUGAGGACGCCCUGAGAAACGCCUUGGAACACAACCAGCAGGUCGACCAGCUGGUGCAAGCCAUGCGCAGGAAUCCAGAGAAAAGCCCGGUGCAUGGAGCAAAUUCAGCCAAUGGAAUCCAUCAUCAGGGGUCAGACGGUACUCAAGAUGAACAACACUGAUAUGAGCAGAAGAGAUAAAACUGAGCUGGGACGGGCAGAAGUACAUCAUAAAAGGAAAAGCUGAUGCCUGGAGAAAAUUUCAGUUUACAGUUAAAACCAAAUCAGCGAAUCUCUGUCUCAAGUGAAUUUAUGUGUUGUUGCAGAAAGCACCUAUUAGCCAAUCAUGAAGACCGCUUAAAGUACUAUAAAACAUGAACAGAAAUGGAACACGGUGAUGGAGAGAUAUUAUCAGUACAUCUCCUGAGAACAUGGCAACUUUUGAUGCUUUACAGUAGUUAGAAAGUUUGAAUCUACGAGUUGCCCUGAAACUUUUGACAAUUAUGACCCUGAAGGCAACACGGCUGAUGGACAACAAUGUGAGGAACUGAAGAACCGAGUCUCAGUUGCUUUGUUUCAUUUAUUUAUUACUUUUAUUUUGCUUCUCAGCUUUGUAAUAAUCCUGAAUAAGUAAAUUGCCUUGGCCAGUGACAUCCAGAGCAACACAUGAAGGAUAAAACAGACUUUUUAGUUUAUUUGGCUCAUUGGUCGCUGGAUUAAAAACAUGAAUUCUCCAAGAGCAUAAGUAGUAAAGUCAUCUCAAUAAGGUCAGUGGAGUAUUCACAGUACUACGAGUUAUUUAAGGUAAUCCAGGUCGACUAACUUUAUAUACUGCAUAUCCAUAUCUUCUCCAUACUCUGUUUUUUUUCAAGAUUCAUGUAUUUGGUUUGAACCAGGAAAACAGGUAAUGUGUACUCAGUGGUGCAAUGUAACUAUAUACUUUAACUUAAGUAUUUCCAUUUUAUGUAGUUAUAUAUUUCUUCUUUACCAUAACUCAUAAGCAAAUAUUGUACUUUUUACUCAACUAUAUUUGUCUUUGGGGGAUAUUUACUCCAUCUCAUUCCCAGUAAAAACUCCUUAAAAACUAAAUAAACUCAAUUAACUCAAAAUUCAUUGUCACGCUGAAAACAAGCCUGUUUUCUUGAGCUCAUGAAAAAUGUUGAUUUUUUUUUUUUAAAUUUUUAAUGCAUUUAUCAUUCUCACAGGAUGACAGUGACGGUACAAACAUAAGAUGAUUUUCCAGAGCAGUGUAGCCAACAUUAUAUAAAUUAGUUGAAAUGAACUCAAAGUACUUGUUAAUACACAAUAAUAAGAUCGUAAAAACUCAUGCGUAAUCGUAAAACACUGAUAGAUCAUUCAAAGCAGAGUGACUCCUUACACUUUUUAUGCUUAAAGUACAUUUUUCUGAUAAAAUUUAAAUGCAUUUACCCUAAGAAAGGAAUUGAAUAAAGUUUUUUUUCUUGUAGUGGAGUGUUUUAAUAGUGAGUUCUAGUACUUUUCUUUAGCAAAGGAUCUGGAUACUCCCAAAAUCUAUCAGUUUCCACAAUAGAAUAUUCACUAUCAGUGCUCUUGAUAGAGUUUUUUUAAAAUGACUGUAGGAAGUAUACCAAACUAUUUUCAGGUUUUUGCUUCUUUUUUUGGCACUUCCAGUCCGGUGACAGGUAUUUUCCACGGAAAAGCUCCAAAACCUGUUAACCAUGAAGCCUCGGAGCUGCUUCACGCUCUUAUUUUCUCACAUCUGGAUAAUCACCGGUGGCUGUUUACCACACUACAGUCUGAAUCAUAGACGUGUGUGUUGGGUUCUGACAUUUCUGAUGGAGAUGACUUCAUUCCAAUCCUCUUUAGAGAUACUGAGUGAGGCGCCAAAGGAGCCCAAAAAAGUCUGAGUUGUCCUUUUUAGUCACCGCACAUCAGUGGACACCCUGCUUGGACUGACACUGAAAUCCUUGAAAGUUGGCGUCCUGCUGUUUUUUGCUCUGAGUCGUAUUACAGUAUGUUUAUACUAUGAAUAUAGCGAAUUAUUCCAGUUCUUUAAAACUGUCUGACCCUAUACAAACACACCUCUGACUACGUUUGUAAUGAUCAGUUGGUUUAUUUACUGUGGGCUAUGUAUCAAUUCAGACUCCAUGCGUACUUAAGUAUUAAUUAAUCUUAUAUGUUACAGCAUUCAUAUUUGAUGCCCGUUUUAUUGCUGUUAAAAAUGUCCCUGGGUUACUUUACUGACUUUUUGUUAAGCAGGGCUACUGAAGGGCUGUCACCAGAGCUAAAACCCAAACUACUGUACACACAUGUGGAUGUUCCACUCAGCCUUCCCCAGGUUCGCAACGUCUGGAUUUCAUUUACAAAUAUGUUAUGAGAUUUAUAAUGUAAGUCUUCCAAAAUAUUGUUUAAGUCAUCUGUCAACUGAACCAGGAGAUCCUGUUUGUAGUUGGUCAUAGCUUAUUAUUGCUUUACUGGAGACAUUACAUAGUGUUGAGCCCGAUUGAAAGCUCAGAGGAAUGUUUUCCCGAGCAAAAUAUGUAGGACAGGCGCUGGUCAGCUAAGAUAAAAACCUAAAUUUUCCAUUGGAUAUUGUACAUGAUCUUUUCAGCUGGAGGGUUCAGACCCUUUAGAUUAUUGCUGCAAUGGUUUCGGAGAUUGAGUCAUUAAAUAUUAACAAUGUGG